AUUCAAUUUGGAUACAAGCACAUUGUAUACCUCCCAACUUUGGAACUUAUAUACUUCAAGAGAAUCAAACACUUUAACACUGUUCAACCUCGGAGUGCCAUCAAAUCAUUAAUGAUUGUAACAGUUCAUGAUUCCAAGUAGUACUUAGGUUGUGAUGUCGCAAUCAAUAUUUGGCGUAUUUGAGAAUCCCCUUCAAUGAAGACAUGCCAGAUGGGUAUCUGGUCACACAACUAAUUGGUACAACAACUCUCCAACAAAUAAUCGACGAAAAUCUCUCUCUUUGUUAUUUUAAUAAAUUGACUUGCAGGGGAUAAAUUUUUACAAAUUUGUACCAGUUUUACGAUACAGGGUGUUCCUCAAGCAUGGCCAGCUAUGAUGAUGUUCAAGUCUGCUUCACCUCUCACCUCAUUACUGGGAAUAAAUCCUGAACAUUCUCAAAAGCUGCAUCACCUUUUUCCGGACAAAUGACCACAAGAGCUUACGUUCUCAUAUUCUUCUUCUGGGCUGUUCUCACAAUCGUCACUCCUACUCUCAUUCUCCUGUCAGAAUCUUCCAAGCCCGACUUUCAUCAAAAUGGGAAAGUCCGCGAAGGAAUAAACACCAGGAAAAUGAUGGCAUAUUUAGAGAAACGUCCAAGGAACCCAGUAACUCAGCGGAAACUGUCAAAGGAAUCACAUGUGGCACCGGCACCUGCACCGGCUCUGGUACUGGAACCAGCUUGGAAACUAAGAAGCUCUCUCAAAAUUAAGAAACGUGAUUAGACUAAUCACGGGCGAUGAGAUUCAGCCAGGGAGCUCCAGGUUUGGAAUUAAAGGCUACUUUGUUGUUGUUAUCAAUUCCUGAAGCUGAUCACUGAGAUGAUUGUAGUUGUAGAUUUCAGAUGUUUGCAUACUGAAAAGAGUCACCUGAUGGUUUAACCGGCAGGACAAGAUUCAUUCAAGGAUUAGCAAUUGGAUCACUUUGAAUCGUGAGACAUGCGAAUCACCUGGUCAAAAUCUGGUCCGAGUUUGAAAUCAGUAAUUUUAAUCAAAGAAGGUUCAACUGAAAUCAGUAAUUUUAAUCAAAGAAGAUUCAACUGAUUGCCUAUGGCAUUUUUUUCCCCUCUUGGAAGGAUAUUUUAUAAAAAAUUUAAUUUGAAAUA